AUGGGGGACGCGGCCUCUAUCCUCUUGGGAUUUCCUCCCGAAACCUCCUCCCCGGACGAAGAGUUCUACGAUCAGGCUAUCAGCCUUCAUAUCAAGAAAGUCGACGAGCUGCUCUCUUCCAGGAAAGCCGCGGUCCAAGGAGACGAGGCCAUCCGACUCCUCAAACUCCUGAAUCCCGCCGCGCAUUCCAUCUCCUACCUUGCGAUCCUUGAUUCCCUCAGCGACUAUGACGGCUUCCCAGUCGAGCAGAGAGCCCAGGCUCUGAUCGACUUCUUCCUGGCCUUCGACCCUAGACAGAUACGCUACAUAGGUAGCAUGUUCUCAGAAUGGCUAACACGCGUGAGCUCGGAGAGCUUCCCCCUUCCGCACGACCUCAAGGUCUCCUUGCUCGCCCGAGCCAUCUUAAAGCUCGACCCCGCCAACUCGAUGCUCACCUCCCACCACCUCACCCUUGUCAAUCUCGCCUUCGACACCGAUAACCCCGAGUCUGCCUUCUAUGUCACCGAUCGACCGGUUGUUUACUUCCCUGGUAUGGCCAGGGACCAGAAUACCUCCAGGCCCAACAGACCUCUCUGCGACAUGACGCUUCCACCAACAGAGUACAUCACCGAGGAGACCGGCCUCACCCUGAAGCUAGACGUCGAGCGCGUUCUGGAGUACGAAUUUGUUUCCGGCCUGCUGUACUGUUCAAGAGGCUACUGGGCGAGCGCACGUGAAGCCUUCGAGCGGGUCAUCACGCACCCUACACGUGAUGGCGGUGUCAGCAAGAUCAUGACGGAUGCUUAUGAUAAAUGGCUACUGACUAGCCUCCUCGCAAAUGGCGCUGUGCCCGAGACACCCACUCACGCCGGCGCCAAUGCGCAGAAGGCGUACGAGACUCUAAGCCAGCCAUACCUGGCAGUCGUGUCUUGCUUUGAAGAAAUGACUGCUGUGGAACUCAAGGAGGAAAUUGAGAAACAUGCACAGAUCUGGCGAAGGGAUCGGAAUACUGGUCUCAUGCAGGAGGUCCUGGCGGCCCACCAGAAAUGGCAAAUCAUGGACCUACGCGAUGUUUACUCCAAGAUCUCCCUCUCAGACAUACAUGAGGAGACUUGCAGCGCAGAGACCGGCGAGGCCUUACCAGAUGUUGAGGACGUCGAGGCCCUGAUACAAAGCAUGAUCCAGUGUGGCAUGCUGAAGGGUGUCAUCGAGAAGCCCGACGGCAAGCCGCCCUACCUGAGAUUCCUGCCGGUGUCGGAGGAUCUCUCUGAGGCCGAGUAUCAGCGCGAGCUGGCGUCUGCUGUGCAGAGGAUGAAGGAGCUGAAGGACAUUUACACGACUACGAAUGCCCGGUUGAGUACCGAUCCCAACUGGAUCAAACAUUUGAUCCGCGAGCAGAAAAGGGAGAAGGAGGGCGCUAACCAGGGCCCGACCGCGGGUUUCGAGGCUCAGGUCGAAGAUGAGGAUUUGAUGUCGGGCGUGGUAUCUGGUAGCGUAUAG